CCGCUCCCUUCCUGUCUCGUUGCCCUCCCGUCCAUCAUUGCGUUCCCUUCUGCCCCCCUUCCUCCCCCCCCCCCUAGUACCGUUUCCCUUCAUCCAGUACUCUUGCUAUUUGAUUGCCCUCCUUGCCAUUUCCGGCACCCCCGGUCUCAUUCUUUUCAGUUAUGUGGCCGUUAAGGCGUCGACUAUCGAGUGCCUCCACCGUGGGAGGCCAGGAAACGCGAAAGGGACUCUACCUGAGACUGAAGUUUCAGGAGCGAGAUAACUUGGUGGGGGAAGAACUGUUUGAUGUGCACCCUUCCAAGCCAUGGAUUGCUUCUGUCUCUGCUGGAAAACCUCCAACCCUCCGAGUGUGGAAUUACGAAGAUGGACAUCAGGUUGCGGUCACCCUCGAGGAUGCCAUCAACACCUACGGAGCGAAGUUCCUCGGCGAGACAGAUAAAGUUGUGGUCCGCACUGACAAGAAUAUGUCUAUUUAUGAGAUCUUGCCAUAUUCCGCUUUCCAGAUGAAGGAAAUAAAACGAGUCAGAACUUGGUCGGUAACUUACACGGAUUUGAGCAAAUGGACUGUACAUUCGUCUGCCCAAUCUGUAUUGCACAGUGAGAACGAGAAUAGUAUUUUGAUUCUAUUUUGUGAUUUUACCACAGGUUAUAAUUUUAGCAUGUGCUGCACUGAAAAGAUAGUGACCAUGAUGUGCUUCCACCCUUUUGAAUCACACAUUUUUGCGACCGUGCAUGAGAACUGGACAAUCAACGUGUGGAGUGCUGAUACUAAGACCCACAAGACCGUCACUCUCCAAACAUUGGAAGCAACAGGAGAGGUUACUUCUGUGCGAUUCUGCACAAAACCCCAAAAGUCACUUAUCAUCACCGGCCAUCAAUCUGGAAAGCUACAGGUUUGGGAUUAUCAGAGGAAUGAAUGCAUGACCACUCUGGAUGCACAUAAACAGGCGGUUGUGCACGCUUUCUUCCAUCCACAUUUGCCAUGCAUUUUGAGCGCAUCCGAGGACGGAACCAUCAUGGCCUGGAAUGAUUCGAAUUAUCAGCUAAUAAAAACACUUUGUAGCGGCCUUGAGGGAUUAUCACAAAGCGUUCUCUGUAGGACCGACAGCUUGCUCGUGCUUCCAUGUGAGCAAGACAUGUGUUUCAUUACCGUAGAAGGUGUUUCCCCUGAGCCCGACUUUGAGGAGAGAGGGAAAAUGGAGGUGGGACAUGUGAGUGCAGAAGGUGACGAAAGACUCCAGUUUGAGAAAAUAGACGUGCAAAGGAUUAAGCAAUUGGAGAUGGAGCUGAGCACUGUGAGGGGGGAGAAAAAGGCCCUCGAAGAGGGAUUUGAGAGUGAGAGGCAAAUACAUGAACACAAGAUAAAGGAGCUUGAGACUCAGCUUAGCCAUGUAAGGGUGGAGAGGGAGACGUUAGGAGAGAGGUUUGAGAGAUCCCAAUUGGAGCAUGAAAGGUUAAAAGGAAUGCACUCAGAAAGUGCGAAGCAGGUUGAAAAGGAAAAAAGGAAUCUGGUGAUUGAAAGAGACGCUCUGAAAGAGAGGUUGAAGAAAUCGAACAUUAGGGUUCAGGAAUUGGAGUGCGAGUUGGAGAUGGUAGGAGGUGCAAGGGAGAGAUCGGAAAGGGCUGUCGGAAUGCCUGAGGGGGUUCCGAAACUCGACAUGCAUCCAAUGGCAUUCACAGAGUUUUCCCUGGAUGAGAUGAGGAUCGCCACGAAUGACUUCCAUGAUGACUGCAAGCUCGAAGAGCAACGCGAUGGAUGCGUUUACAUCGGCAAGCUCACAUCUGCUGUGAUAAAGAGACUCAAGUUUAUUAACCUCAGGGCAGAGAAUCAGCCAGUCCAAGUGACGAGGGAGCUUGUGAGCUUACUGAAGUCUCUUCGACACCCCCACCUGCAUAUGUUGCUCGGAGUGUGCUACGAAGGAAAUUGUCUCGUGUACGAGCAUAUGACCAAUGGAAACGUGAAAGACUGGAUGUCGUUCUCAAGAGGGUCACAAAAGGGUUUCCUCCCAUGGUACAUCCGUUUGCGGAUUAUGGCUCAGGUUGCCCAAGGCCUGUCCUUCCUUCAUUCCCAGCAGUCUCAGAGGGGUGGUGGUCCCAUAGUCCACCGGGCCGUCAAGCCUGAAAACAUCUUAGCGUAACUUUGUUGCCAAAAUCACAGCAGUAGAUACUGCCCUGCUGGCCCCAACACU